CUUUAUUUUAUUUCCAAGCAAUUCAUUAUAGGAAAUUGUACAGAUACUCGUCACCAGUUCUAUUAUAAGCUCUUCUCUACCCAUUUUCCUUUUCCUACUAACCCAGCAUCUUCCUAUGUCCAAAUCAUCAACCACGGACCAAAAUCCUGGCUCGUCAUCAGAUUUAUCAACGUCAGAGUCUCCUCAACACGGAUCUGACCAGAGCAAUUCCGCCUCAUCAGCGUCGCUCACGAUAGCAUCAGAAAACCAAGAAGGGGCAACAUCAUCAUCUUCAGCAACCUAUAGUUCAGCACGAUCGCAGCCUCCCAAUUCCAAUUCUUUGUCGGAUCAAGAACAGCAACAGCUAAGCGCCAGCGCUCAAGGAGCUUCUCAUCCCACACUAGGAAGAGUUGAGCAAUCCUCGACAGGCAGCAAGCGAACACAUGAGGACAGUGACGAUGAAGGGCAACCAGGACAUAGCCGAUCACCAUCUCGCAGACGUACCCAACCUCAUGACGUUUUAUAUAGACAAUUGCCUACUCGUACGCCUCCUAAUAUCCUUGCUCUUCUUAAAGCAAACUGUAUCGCGCGCGAAAAGAACGAUAGAAAAUUGGCUUGUUUGCACAGACGCUUAGAAUAUCUAAAAACGCUCUAUACUAUGGUCAAAGAAGUUGAAGAACAACAACAGCAGCGACAAGAUGCUCUACCCAUCCUAAGCUAUCAAACCUUCCAAGAACGUUAUGACCAUGUUCGAGCAGAGUUUCAUGCAGGCUCUGCUGCUGAACGAGCAUCGGAAAACCAAGGUUCGGGGGAUAAUCCAUCACAACAGCAAUAGCAGCAGCAGCAGCAACAAUAAUAAAUUCACAUACAUACACAGAG